CAUAAUCACUCACGGGUCGCCACACAUGUCCUUUGUCCCUGAGGGUCAUUCUGGUUGUCAUGGAAUCCUCUUAAGUCAAGGACAUUGGUUAUUCGAUUGCAGUAGGAUGAGAGAUUAGACCUGGAUUAACGGCCAGGUAUCCUGGGUCUCCCAUGAACAGGAUAUAGCCAUCCUGUGCUUAGUCCAUGAAGGAGACCAGUAGGCAUUGCAGUGCCAAAGAAAGGAACUGGAAGCCAAAAAAGGCGUUGAUUCAGCACGAUCAACACUGAGCGAUGUACUUUUACCUAAAUUCUUUAUGUUUGAAAGUUCAGCUGGUUGGUCAAACAAUAAAUCUCUAGACAAAACUGAGGGUGAAUGCGUUUGGUAUAUGGCAUUCCUGAUUUCUGAAAGGAAGACUCCCUCCACUCUGAAAUCGGUGAAUAAUUUCUCAGAAGAGUCAGUGACUGGCUGUAGAUUCCCCAACAGCAUUCAUCUGGGAUGGUCCCAAACAGAAGCAUGUUCCACAGGUCAUUGGUUAGUCUUUUUCAAAGCCCCAGUUAAUCUCGUCUCACGUGACUUGGAAACCCCCCUUAACAGGUGUGAGCUCUGUGUCGUCCUGUGGCUGCAAUUGCAUGUCCAUCAUGUCCAUCUCCAAAGCUGCCACGGCGUCUAAGCCUAUGAUCCUUCAAUGCUGGGUGCCUAGACCAAGGAGGGAUUAGCCCCAGCUUCUCAGCCAUCUCCUCCCUCAGCUGUACCACCAUUCGGCCGACUUGAGCCAUGAAGUCUCUCCUGGCGAUGCUGGUCCUCUUCACCAUCGUCGUGCACAACAAGGCACUCAAGUGCCACACAUGCGUGGCGGGCAAUGAGGAUGAAUGCAACCAGCAGGGCACCUCCAGCUGCCCACAGUGUGCAGACGCCUGUGUCACCAUCAUGGGGCCCAGCACCGUUGUAAAAUCCUGCUCCUACAGGCCUUUCUGCGACAAGGCUCAUCACAAUACUGGGGGAGUGAAGAUGGAGUGCUGCUUCACCGACGACUGCAAUGGCCCUCAUCGUUCCCACAGCCACGGGGAAGACAGCGCUGCCAGCAGCCUGAGCACCAGGCCUGUCCUGCUGCUGCUGCUCGUGCUGAUUCAGCUGAUAGUCAGCAAGCUGUAGGUCUGGCCAUGACAGCCGCUGCAUCCCUUAACCUACUGCUUACACCCUGUGGCUUAGAUAGAGCACUUUCCUGCGGCAUGGAGAAAAGCCCACAAGCCACAGGUGACAGAGUUGCAGGGCUUUGGCUGCGCAUUAUAAGUUAGUCUUAACUGCACUGUGAGUCACUUUGCUGUAACUUUCGCAGACUAACCUCCUGCUCAGUG